AGGGCCAUCAUCAUCAUUCUGCUGAUUUUUUUUUCAGGGGAAGGUCUGUGAAGGGGUCUGCUUGCUACAGCCUCCAGAAGUCUUUUUCACAACCCACCAAGAGAGAGAGAGACGAGCACAUGGCUGCGGCUGCAACUUGCAACCCAAGCGACUGGAGCAGUCUGUGGAGGGAUCGCAGGCAGGAGAGGAUCAUUGCUAGGAGAAUCAGCGAGGCCAGCAGCACCGGCAGCGGCAGCAGCAGCAGCGAAGAAGGUUGGGGAGAAAUCCACAACCAUGACCAUGCCAACAAUUCUCGGAAUGGGGACGAAGAAGGCGGAGGAGGAGGAGACACUGACUUCUCUGAUACCGAUGAUGAUACCACCGAUGAUGAUGAGGAGGGAAUGCACGAUGAGGAAGAUGGCUCUCAUCAGUAUCGCUCAAAGGCCUCCAGCCACUCAAGCCAGACAGGUGUUGAUUGCAGAACAGGCUGCAAACGCGACAAAGAGCUUGCUUUGCGUCAAGGGAUGAUGAGACGAGAAGGUGACAACAACUCAAACCAAGGUGAGGAAGUUGUCGUUGGCAGCGAAGGAGAAUCUGAGGACUUUGAAGAUAGAUGUAAUGAAGAAGAAGAAGAGAAUGUGUGUUUAGAUGAGGAUGAUGAUGAUGAGUAUGAUGAGGGAGACUUUAAGACACUGUACCACCAUGACGCUUACGUGACGGAGAUGUUCGGAACUCUCAGUGACUUUCGGGCCUCUUCGCUGCUCACUGACGUGGUCUUCUGCACGUGGUCCGGGGGCCGAUUCCGCGCCCACGCCACGAUUGUCGCCGCCGUCAGCUACGUCAUGGAGCAGAAGCUGCGGCUCCCGGGCCGAUGGAACCAGUCCGACAUAUAUGUCAACUUGGGGCCCGAGGUGACGGACCUGGGCCUCACUUCGCUGCUGGAGUUUGCCUACACGGGAAACGUAGCUGACUUCGACCCGGAGGUCGCCAUGCACAUAAGGCCUGCGGCACAGUGCCUGUGUGCCGAGAGGGUUUUGGAGUUCUGCUCGCAAAGAGAGGAGGAGUGGAAGCAGUGGAAGAUGGAGGAGAGGAGGAAGUCGCUAAAGGAGCAUGCGGAGAAGGCUAAAAGGAUGGCAGAAGAAAGGGCGAGAGGAGACGAGGAGCAGAACACAGAAGAGAACGUUGACAAUGAUGGCGGGAAGAAGAUGGCGAAAAUUCCAGAAGAGAGCGAGGAGGAGAGGACAAUAAGAUUGUUGGCCGCCAAGGAGCUGGAGAUUACCUUGCAGAGAAUUAGAGAACUGUGGGUCGAGAAAGUUGGCUGUGACGUCAUUCUGCAGGCUGAUGUUUCACAGCGAACAUUUCACACACAUCGUGUGAUCCUGGCAGCCUGUAGUGAUUACUUCCGAGCCAUGUUCACCUGCGGCCUUAAGGAGUCCAAGCAGUGGGCCGUGAGGCUGCAGGCCAUGACCGAGGAGGACCUAGACGUCUUCCUCAUCUCCUGCUACAGCGGCUCCAUGCUGCUGAGUUGGGACUGGGUGUUCGACUUUGCCUGCCUGGCCAUCCAGUUCCAGCUGCAGCCUGCCAUGUCCAUCUGUUACGACUUCAUGCGCCAGGAGAUGGACGCCGACUCCUGCCUGGAUGUGGCCUCCUUCGCCGAGGCCUACCAGAUGGACGAGCUGCUGUGCUUGGCCAACGACUUUGUGCUGCGCCACUUCCAGGAGGUGUCCGUCACCCCCAAGUUCCUGGACCUGCCCCGUGUCAAGCUGCUAGAGUACCUGCGGAGCAAUGCCCUGUUCGUGCCCUCGGAGAUCGUGGUGCUGCGGGCCGUCAUGGCCUGGGUCGGGGCCUGCCCCACCUGGAGGGUCAAAAUGGCGCAGGAGCUGAUCGACGCCAUCAAGUUCCCCCUGCUGACGUUCCAGGAGUUCAACGAGGCACAGGCCAUCACCAAGAAGAAGGCCCAGAAGAGCAUGACGCUGCUGUACGAGGCUCUUGUGGAGGCGUUCUGCUCCGUGGAAGGCAACCAGGACAGCUUCCGAAACUACAUGCCGGUGGACAACAUGGUGCUGGUGGGAGGGGACGGGAUCACGCCGGACAUGGGCAACCGCCGGGCCAGCAGGGAGCUGUGGUACAGCAAGUCCCUGCAAAACCACACGGGCAUCAUCAAAAGGGUUGAGUGGAAGCCUCUAGGGGAGCUUCCGGAGAAGCCCCGGUUCUGCCACGAGGUUGCCGUGCUGGACGACAUGCUGUACGUGUGUGGCGGCCGCCAUUACUAUGGGACAAACGACGUCAUGAAGUCAAUGUACAGGUAUGACCUUGCCGAGGGCAGCUGGCACCAGUGUGCCGACAUGCAGAUGGAGCGGUGCCAGUUUGCCAUGGUGGUGCUGGAGGGCAUGAUCUACGCCAUCGGCGGGGAGAGGGAGGCCGACCUCAACGUGGACACCGUGGAGCGAUACUGCCCCCGAACAGACAGCUGGAGUUACGUCUGCCCCCUGGACCAGCCCAUGAGCAGCCACGCCGCCUCGGUGUGGGACGGCCAGAUCUACGUCUCGGGCGGCUUCAACUGUGAGUAUCAGAGCCUGGUGUCCAUGUUCCUCUACCACCCCGAGCGCGGCACUACUUACCUGGCCGACCUGCCCUGCAGCCGUGCCCAGCACCGCAUGGAGCUCCUGGGCGAACAGCUGUACAUGGUCGGCGGCGUGUCCCCCGACGCGGACGGCGCCCUCAUCGACCAGCUCGAGUGCAACGUCUACGACCCCGAGGAGGACUUCUGGUGGCGGGUGAGUCCCGUGCCCUCGCCUCAUGUGGGCGCCGCCUCGGCUGUGCUGGAGGGCAAGGUGUACAUCCUUGGAGGGUACACUCAGGAGGACUACAGCGAGACCAAGCUGAUCCACCGGUAUGACCCGGCCAUAGAGCGCUGGGAGAACAUGGGACAAAUGCCGGGCCCCAUCACCGACAUCCGGGCCUGCUCCGUAAACUUACCCAGUCACUUGAAAGAAUGAGAUGUAGGUUAUGGUGUCAAUGGGAGAACAUGGGCUGCAUGCCGGGCCCUAUUACCGACAUACGUGCCUGCUCCGUUCACCUACCCAGUCACUUGAAAGAAUGAGGCCACCUUGUAUGCAUGUAAUUAGUCAACUGAAAAGACAGUGAAAUAAGAUGUUUGGCACACAGCCAAAGAGUGUGAGUGUGCACAUUAGCUGCACACACACGCCUUCACUGACAUACGGGCCUGCUCUGUUCACUCAUCCAGUGACUUGACAGGACGGGAUAAUGACAUGUAGGUUGUAGAUGUAAAUAAAUAGGUGUUAAUGAGAUGAGAGUAGGCAAUGCGAGUAUAGUGCGUAUUUGUGCCAUGUGUAUGUGAGUCUGUGAGUGUGAGAGCGACUAGCAACACUAAUUGCAGGGACGUUUCAAAGUAUUUGGGGGCCCUAGGCAAAGAAAGACUUUGGUUCCCCCUUUUCUCUUCAAACUUUUGGGGGGAUGGCUCACUCAAGAGAUAUUUUGAUAGCAAUACCAUUACACUUUUCGGUCAAUGAAUCUAGGGAGGUUUUGCCUGACUCACAAAGUUGCCAUUGCAGUCAUUUGAAUACAAAUACAUAAUGAGACAUUGCCUUGGGCCCCAUUUUCAGCUGGUAAUUGCCUAGUUUGCGUGCCUGGUUGUAACAGGCCUUCCUGGUUGUCUUCUGCUGUUGUGGGUUACUGUUUUAUAUUAGGUUUUUUUAUAUACGUUUUUAAUUACUAUACCCUGCUUCUGACUGUACUUGCUUGAGCUUGCUAUGACUUGCUGUGCAAUGCCAAAGACCCAGAAUUCAGACAACAGAAACACACUGACUACAUCAAGCUAGAAUGUAAACUUUUUCAAGGAUCUAACUCUUGUGCAUUUGUUAUCAUACAAAAAAAGUUUUCACAAUGUAAACACAAAUUACACAUAGGCAUUACUUUUGACAGAGGCUUCCGGUGCUAUUUUUUCUACCGCAAAUUGUCAACCGCGUUUAAGUGCAUUCAAUAUCAGCUUGUUUGUAUCUAUGUCGCUUUGAAUCCUCUUCUGGAGGGGAGCAUGUUAACUUCUUAAAUUCCAUGUUUGGUUGUUCUUUUUUUUUUUUUUAAUGUGUAAUCUGUGCAACUUAAUUCCAAAACUUUAUGACUGUGAUUUGUGUGUCAGCAUGAGCAGGGCAUUUAUCUUGCACUAAAAUGGUUCAUGUUGGGAAAACUGGUGGGGAGUGAUAGGCAUGCUGAGUUUCAGAAAGCAAACAUCCAGUCACAUAUUUGUUCCAAUAAUAUUCCCCCAAACAGCACUUUGGUGCCCAGCAGCACUUUGCUGUAAAGUAAACGUGGCCACCUUGACUACAGUAGAUCCCAAGAUAUAAUAUAAUUAUAAUUUCAUAAACAGCUACAAUUAUAUAGCAGUAUAUAAUUUCAAUUACAUGUAUUGUGUUUCAAAAAUGUAUAAGCUACUUUUCUGUAUGUAUUUGGAGCGGGUGGUCUCAUGUCCUAUUUAAUAUAUGGAACUAGUACACAACAUAGCCUUUCCAAUCAAGAGAGUCAAGUCUCUCUCUAUAAAAGAAAUAUCAGGUAACACCCCACCAUACACACACACACACACACACACACACACACACACACACACACACACACACACACACACACACACACACACACACACACACACACACACACACACACACACACACACACACACACACACACACACACACACACACACCUCCUUACCUAACCCACCUUGGCCUCGUCUUGCAAGUAUACUGUAUGUAGAUGGAAUGGAUACAUGGUAGGACUUUUACUAUCUAUCCUUUUUCUACAAGUUUUGCCACUUUGCUUCUACAAACUACUCUACAGCAAUUAACUCAACAGCUCCAAGGUGCUUACACAAAGUGAGGAAAUGUAUCAAUCAAUUGUGUGAUGUAGGUACCGUUGGCAGGGGUGGGGGCAAAUGGGUAUGUUGUUCAAGGCCCAUGGAGAUAGGGGGCCCAGAAAUGGGUCCCUAUUACAUUGUAUGUAUUGGGUGGCAAAAGCUGUCACCCGCUGCAGAGUUUUUUAUGACUUGGUUGAUUGUUUUAUUAAGGGUUGUCGCAUUUAUGUGGACGUUUGGAAUGCUUCUUGUUUCCUUUUUUAUCUUUCAUAUUUUUCUCUCAACUACUGACAAGAUUAGAGGUACAGAGAAAUACAGGUUGGAUUAGCUGUUAUAGUUGCCAUACACAAUUUUAAAUAUUAGACUAUUACUA